AUGCGAUGCGAUGAGAUAAACCUGCAAUUGUGGAAGACAAUUUUGGAUUGCACUCUUUGGCUCUCAUCCACUUAUCUAGAGCUCCUAAAACUCUGCAGCAUCGUAAGGCGUACAGGAGAGAUGGUUGCUUCGAGGAAAAGGUCUCAGGAGGAGGAAAGAGAAAGUAGUGAUGAUGAGCAGUUCAUGCCGACUGGCUCAAUGAUCGAUGUAGAGGCUGAGGAAAGCAGCGAUGAUGACGAUGAAACAUUUUAUGAGGCAGAAGCACUUGGAGAGAACGAGGAAGAGGAAGAAGAAGAGGACUCCGAUGCCGAGUUCAACAGAAUUUUGGCCGAAGAUGAGGCAGGAGAGGACGAAGAAGAUUACAACACAUCCGAAUCAUUCGAUGACACGGCUUCCAUGACAGAUAAACUUUCUGGCAUGGAAUUAAAGACGAUUGCGGAUCCCAACAUCUACACAAAGUUUUCAGAUGGCAAGCCAAGAGUGAUCAAACCGGAGAUUGAUCCCAAAUACGAUAGUGAUGAUAGCGAUGCCGAGGCAGCUAACACCAUUGGAAAUAUUCCGUUAUCUGCUUAUGAUGAGAUGCCUCAUGUUGGGUAUGAUAUCAACGGUAAAAGGAUUAUGAGACCAGCCAAAGGCUCUGCGCUUGAUCAACUGCUUGACUCGAUUGAGUUACCUGAGGGUUGGACUGGUCUGCUAGAUAAGAACUCCGGCGCUGGAUUAAAUUUGACCGAAGAAGAACUUGACCUAAUUUCGAGGAUUCAGAAGAACGAGCAAACAGAUGAAAACACAAACCCUUACGAGCCAUUGAUAGACUGGUUCACAAGACAUGAAGAGGUCAUGCCAUUGACAGCGAUGCCCGAACCAAAGAGGAGAUUUGUGCCUUCCAAAAAUGAGGCAAAGAGGGUGAUGAAGAUCGUUAAAGCGAUCAGAGAGGGUCGUAUUAUUCCUCCAAACAAACUGAAAGAGAUAAAGGAAGCAGAAGCUGCUGCAGACUACAAAUACGAUUUGUGGGGAGACUCCUCUGAAACUGUUGACCACAUAAUGACUUUGAGAGCACCUAAAGUACCUCCUCCAACUAAUGAGGAAAGUUACAACCCGCCAGCAGAAUACCUGAUGACUCCAGACGAAAAGGAACAAUGGGAUAAUACCGAUCCUGAAGAUAGAGAGAGAAAUUUUAUUCCGCAGAAGUAUUCGGCUCUGAGAAAAGUUCCAGGUUACACUGAGACUGUCAGAGAAAGAUUUGAAAGGUCCUUGGACCUGUACUUGGCACCUCGUGUUCGGAAGAAUAAGCUCAAUAUUGAUCCAGAAUCCUUGAUACCCAAAUUACCCUCGCCAAAAGAUUUAAGGCCCUUUCCAAUUCGUUGUUCGACCGUGUAUUCCGGACACGAGGGUAAAAUACGCUGUCUCUCUAUCGACCCGUCGGGCUUGUGGUUGGCUACUGGUUCCGAUGAUGGUACUGUGAGAAUUUGGGAGAUUUUGACGGGAAGAGAAGUCUACAAAGUCAUUUUAAUAAACGUUAAAGAAAACAAAGACGACCAUAUCGAAUCCCUCGAAUGGAAUCCGGAUAAAGAAACCGGGAUACUUGCUGUGGCUGCAGGCGAAAACAUCUAUCUGAUAGUCCCUCCUAUCUUUGGCUUCGACAUUGAGAAUAAUGGUAAAACCUUGAUAGAGAAUGGGUUCGGUUUCGAUACCUUUGGUUUGAAAAAGAAAUCUGACCUACAAGUCAACGAUAGUGAUGAUGAAACGGAAAGCGCCAAGGCAAGCACUGUAGUAAAGAAGUCAGUCGCUCAAUGGGUCAAACCAUCCCAAGCUCAGCAAGAGAAGGAUAUCUCUAUAGUCAUCACAUGCAAGAAAACCGUCAAGAAAUUAUCAUGGCAUAGAAAAGGUGAUUAUUUUGUCACGGUUCAACCCGAUUCCGGAAGCACAUCUGUUCUCAUUCACCAACUGUCGAAGCAUCUCACCCAAUCUCCUUUCAAGAAGUCCAAGGGCAUUACCAUGGAUGCUAAGUUCCAUCCUUUUAGACCUCAGCUUUUUGUCUGCACACAGAGAUACAUCAGAAUAUAUGAUCUGUCGCAACAGGUGCUUGUCAAGAAGCUACUACCUGGUGCUCGUUGGCUGUCCGAGUUUGACAUCCAUCCAAGAGGUGACAACGUAAUUGCGUCCUCGUUCGACAAGCGGGUGCUAUGGCAUGAUUUGGACUUGGCUGGCACUCCAUACAAGACCUUGAGAUAUCACGACAAGGCUGUCAGAUCCGUCAAGUUCCACAGAAAGCUGCCACUCUUCUGUUCGGCCGCUGAUGAUUGUACUAUCCAUGUAUUCCACGGCACCGUCUACGACGACAUGAUGAAGAAUCCUCUGAUAGUGCCAUUGAAGCAGUUGACGGGCCACAAGCUCAACAACAGUCUCGGUGUGCUCGCGACCGUCUGGCAUCCGCGUGAAGCAUGGCUUUUCUCAGCAGGCGCUGACAACACGGCUCGUCUGUGGACCACUUGA